AGCACAAUGGCGCUCCGCAGAGCUCGAGCCCUUAACUUCCUCGAUUUGGCUAAGCUCUAUCCUUCUUCAUCCCAUCUCCUCCGCUCCGCCGCCUUGCCGGAUCAAUCCCCCUCCCUCCCCUGCAGGAUUCUCCCCCGCCGGCCGAUUUUCCGGCAGGCGAUUCCUCCGGUAAUUCGCUUACCUCCGCCGAUCGGAGCCGAACUCAUCAACAAGAUCCGGGAACUCGACGCCGAUCGAAUCCGUCUAAACCUUAUCUCGCAGCCACCGCCCUCCGACGUGACGAAGAUGUUCAUGGCUUCCCUGACGGAGGCUGUGAAAUCUCGGCUGAGCGCGAUUCCUCGGAGCGCCAUUUCUUACUCCGAAUUCCUCUGCAUCUGCAGGGAAGAAACUGAGGCCGACGAAAUCGCGGCCGCGAUCGCUCGCUCUCUCGAAGAAUCAGGGGCUGUUAUCACCAUGGGGAAUCUCGUCUUUCUCCAUCCCGGCGAGAUGGUGAGAGAUAUCGGGAGGGUAAUGGCACCCCCACCGCGCGCCAAUUAUGAACGGAGCAUGAAGGAGCUGAAGGAAAUGGAGGGGAAGAAGGCGGAGAUCGACAGGAAGCCCGCCGCCAGCGUGCGGCGGGAGCUCUGGUGCGGGCUAGGAUUUCUAUUGCUUCAGACGCUGGGAUUCUUCCGGCUUACAUUCUGGGAGCUCUCCUGGGAUGUAAUGGAGCCGGUUUGCUUCUACGUAACUUCGAGCUAUUUCAUGGCGGGCUAUAGCUUCUUCCUGAAGACAUCCAAAGAGCCGUCUUUUGAAGGAUUUUUCGAAAUUCGAUUUGCCGCGAAACAGGGGAGAUUGUUGCGGGAUUCAAAUUUUGAUUUGAGAAGGUUUGAUGAGCUUAAACGGCAAGUCAGCUUCUUUCCACAUCAGCGGGUGCUGUAGAGAAGGGAUAGAGAAGAAUCUACGGAGGGAGAAUUCCAAAAAAGAAAAUUUUGACGAUUUUAUGUAAGACCGUUCAACCUGCAUGGCAGAGCAUGAAUAAUUAUAAAUUUAAUUAACCAUUUUGUUGCAUCAGAGGUAUUUCUGCAAU